AUGCUUCGUACUUUAACGGUUUCCCACGACCACGACGCAUCUCUACGACCCCCUUCUCGUUCCAUCGAUAUGGACAAAGAUGCGGCGCUUGUCACGACGACCGUUCCAGAUUAUCACGAUGGACUACGGGAGAAGACGGAUAAACCCAAGGAUGACACUCUCCCCUCAGGUUCCUCAAGUAGUGGCGGGUUCCAACGCUACAUAAACCAACUCGCCAUUAACAACUUUGGCUUCACACUUCAAGUAGCAUGGGAGGCUGUUGGCCUGUCAUUCCAGCUUGCAUGGCUGAAUGGUGGCCCUGCCGCGCUCGUCUGGGGAUCUAUGAUCGCUGGCGUCGGUUCUACCCUCGUCGCUACAGCUUUGGGGGAGAUGGCCUCCAUGGACCCCACCGUAGGUGCACAGUACAGAUGGUCAGCGCGCUUCGCUUCAUUCGCUCCCGAAUUCUGGGGUUUUAUUCAGGGUUGGAUCACAGUCAUUGCCUGGAUUUGCAGCUGCGCCGGUGCCUUCUCCUUCAUGUCGAAUACUUUAUCCGGCUUGAUCAUCUUUAACAGCCCAAGCUACGAACCAAAGGCCUGGCACUCGACGGUGUUCCUGAUCGCCUUCCUCAUUGUUCCGCUGGUUCUCAACCUCUACUUGCGAAAAAUCAUCAACUAUUUGGAAACGAUCGGUGGUAUUUUCCACGUUGUCUUCUUCGUUGCCAUCGUUGCGACACUCUGCACGCUUGCGAAGCGCAGUACACCCGAAUACGUCUUCAUGACCUUGCACACAGACGCCGGUUGGGAAAAUCCCGGUGUCGCAUUCUCUAUUGGCAUGCUCGCUGUGGCAUAUCCCAUCAGCAGUUUUGAUGGUGUCCUCCACAUGAUCGAGGAGACCAAAGAACCUCGCAAGCGGGUACCCAAAGCUAUGAUCUUGGCAACCUCUCUGAACGCAAUCAUGAUGGUCGCCUUCUGUAUCUGCUUGAUGUUCUGCAUUGGUGAUGAAGAAGCCGUCGCGAAAUCGAUCUUGCCGAUUACGGAGGUCUUCUACUCCGCGGUCGAAGGCAGCAUCAACGGCAAUGACGUCUGGCGAUUCGCAUCCGACAAAGGUCUUCCUUUUCACCAGCACUUCACCUACAUCCAUCCGACGCUCCAAGUUCCAAUACCCGCACUGUUCCUAGUUGGCUUCAUAUGUUGCCUUCUAUCGCUCAUCAACCUCGGUUCCGCAGCCGCCUUCAAUUCGCUCAUAUCCCUACCUACCAUCGCGCUAUACGUAUCAUACCUCGUCCCAAUCUCGCUAUUCACGGCUCGUCAGCUUGCCGGUAAACACCCGAAGUACGGGCCCUUUCAAUUGGGCAGAUGGAGCAUUCCGAUCAAGCUCUGCGCCAUUGUCUACUUGGUAUACGUCAUCAUCUUUGUAUCGUUCCCAGCAUCAAGACCAGUGACAAGCUUGACAAUGAACUAUGCGCCACCGAUUCUUAUCGGGUUCAUGGUCAUUGCGAUGGUGGAUUGGUUCCUUAGGGGUCGCAAGAAAUUUGAGGUACCUACAGCUGCACUCGAACAUGGAGAGGAUGAUAGGCAGUAG